AUGGCCCCCAAGAAGAGCAAGAAGUCCACGGACACCAUCAACUCGAGGUUGGCCCUCGUCAUGAAGAGCGGAAAGGUCACCCUGGGCUACAAAAGCACCCUUAAGAGCCUCAGGAGCGGAAAGGCCAAGCUGGUCAUCAUCGCCGGCAACACCCCUCCUCUGAGGAAGAGCGAGCUUGAGUACUACUCUAUGCUUUCCAAGACCCAGGUCCACCACUUCUCCGGCAACAACAUUGAGCUGGGCACUGCCUGUGGUAAGCUCUUCCGCUGCUCCACCAUGGCUAUCCUCGAUGCUGGUGACUCCGAUAUUCUCUCCACGAGCACCGCAUAG